CGAACAUGCUCAUGAUUAUUACUAGCUACUUUCACUUUGCCAAAAUUUAUGCGAGGAUCUGUGCAUGAUCCGCACUCUACCUGGCAAUCGCGGUUGUUUCACCAUCCCAUCUCCCAACGAACGCAAUCACCAAGUUCUUUGUUGGUAGCCUUUACCUACGAUGAGAGUCGCAAUUCCAACAUGAUCUAGAGAUGUGAAUCGCACUCCUCUCCUGAUGGUGUGAACGGCCAUAUAUUAGACUCGUCGAAUGCCCUCCUCCCUGCUGCUGUUUGGGACUUCAAUCAACCAUAUCUUCUUCCUGAGUUGCACGCAUCUUCAAACGCCAUGUGCGGUAUCACUGCAGCAAUUGCGCUCGAUCGCCUCAGCAACCGGCAUGUUCGAACAGCGUCGUAUCGGCAAUCAACUCUGUCGCAACUCAAUCACAGCCUCGUGACAAUCCGCCAUCGCGGACCUGACUCCAGUGGAACCUGGAUCAGCGCAGACAAUCGUGUCGCUUUGGCACACACUCGGCUCGCCAUCAAAGAUCUGAGCCCUACCGGUGCUCAGCCUCUUCAUGACGCCACAAACACCAUCCAUGCCAUCGUCAAUGGUGAGCUCUACGACUACGCCAGCCUGAAGAAGGAGUUGAUCGAUUGGGGGUACACUUUCCAAGGCGACAGCGACUCAGAGCUGCUCCUGGCACUCUAUGCUCGUGAUGGCCAGCGAUGUUUCGAAUCGCUUCGAGGAGAGUUCGCUUUCGUUCUGUACGACUCCGCUCGCCAGCUUGUCAUUGCUGCGAGAGAUCGCUAUGGUGUCAAACCACUGUUUUGGACUAUCAGUGAGGGUCGUCUGCUCUUCGCCAGUGAGGCCAAGGCGUUCAAACCAUUGGGCUGGAAGGCUGAAUGGGAUGUUCGAAGCAUCACCGAGGAUGGCUGGCUACACGACGAGCGGACGCUGUUCAAGAAUGUCCGAAAGAUUCUCCCUGGAGAGUAUAUGCUCUGCCACUCCUUCGACUUCAUCAAACAUCGACGCUACUGGGAGAUCAGCUUUCCCGACAAGCAAAUCCGACAGGAUCGCUGUGAAGAAGAAAUGAUCAAGGAACUCGAGGAGCGCUUGGUGGAUGCGGUGACCGCCCGUACGCAAGGUGAUGUGAAGAUGGGAAUAUACCUGAGUGGGGGUCUUGACUCUGCCGCCGUUGCAGGCAUUGCGGUGGACGUGAUGAAGAAGAAAAUGACCAAACUCAUGGAAGGCCAGCCGCUGCAAGAGCAGAGCAAAGCCAUCACGAAUCUGAUGUGCUUCAACGUGGGGUUCGACAGCAGCACUGAAUAUGAUGAGACACCCAUCGCCAAACGCACCGCAGAGUUCCUGGGCCUUCCCUUUGUCUCGACACGCCUGGACGAGGCUGCGUUUGCAGAGAAUUUCGAGCAGACCUACCUGCACAGCGAACAUCACAAUCCGGACCUCAAUUCCGUUGCCAAGUUCGUGCUCUCCGGUUUGGCGCGUGAGAAUGGCGUAAAAGUCAUCCUAUCGGGAGAGGGUUCUGACGAGCAUUUCGGCGGCUAUGGUCUUUUUCUUGCCGAUUUCCUUCGCGACCCAGACACAUCGUUCGGCGAAAACGAGAUGAGCGAAUCCGAGCGCAAAGACGCGAUCGAGGAGGCAGAGUCCCAGCAAGGUCAAAUCUACAAGGGUGUCGACACCGCAUAUCUUCCACGAGACUCAGCUCUGGCUCGCAAGUUGACAAACGGUACAUCGAUCACAAAGUCCAUGAUUCCAGUCACCUUCGUCCCCUUCGCGAACUGGGCCAAGCGAUAUUUUGGCAAUGCCCUGAGCAUCCCAGAGACCCGCGCUACCAAUUCUGAUGCACGCUCUUUGGCUUUGAUGAAGGAUGAGUGGCACUCCCUUCACACUUCUCAGUUCAUCUGGACAAAGAGCAUCUUGCCGAAUCUCAUUCUCACCUGCAUGGGUGACCGAAUGGAAAUGUCACACUCCGUUGAAGGUCGCCCUGUCUUCCUCGACCAUCGUCUGACAGAGUUUGUCAACCACCUACCACCAUCGAUGAAGAUCAAGUACACCCCUGCCGUCGAACAAUCCAAAGCUUGCUUUUACUCUGUCGACAGUGGCUACGGAGAUGAGACAGAGCCCAGCUCUCCUGUGGACGCCAGCCCUAUCGUCCAGGAAAAGUGGAUUCUCCGCGAAGCUACCAAGAAGUACAUCACGCACGAGAUGUACUCCCGCAAAAAGUACCCCUUCACCGCACCAUACAUGUUUCCUGUCGGUGGGCCCCUGCACAAGCUCAUGUUGCGCCUCGUUACUCACAAGAACGUCGCUCACCUCGGAUUCGUGGAUGUUGACCGUGCUGUGGCGCUUCUCGACAAGGCCUUCGUCUCACCGUCCAAAGCCGGCGAUGGAUUUGCGCUGAGAAUGUUGUUUGUCAUCGCACAGUGGGUCGUAUUGUCGCAAGCUCUUGACAUUGAGACUGCGGUUUCGGGUAACGGCCCUGGAGAUGACGGCGGAGAUUGGCAGUGCGAUGAAAUGAGCAAGAAUGGGACUGAGUGGGCUUGGUGCUGA